CUGGACGAAUGGGAACAGUUUAUGUGAAGGCGAUAUAAUGACGGAAAGGAUACAGAAAUAAUGCCAUUUCUGAAGAGUAUUUUUGUACGAACUGGACGCAUGAGAACGGUUUAUGAAGGCGAAAUGAUUGGGUUUUUAAAGAAAUGACAUUAGUGAUAAUGAGAUAGGCAAUGAUGGUUGUGAGUUUGGUGGAAGAGUUAAAAUGCUAUGUGGCCACGUAUGGUCGUAUAGUAAAAUGCUUUUACGUAAAAUAAUUCGUGAAGUUUGUAAAUUUCAUGCAUAGACAUGACAUGUAAUACCAUCAUAGAAGCUUUCAUUAUUAGUGAUAGUUAUUCAUAUGAACACUUAUAAACAAACUUAUUGCCUACACACAUGUAUUUAAUGUUAAAAAGACUUAAAAAUACUGUGUAAUUUUUGAUUCCAGAUGCCAUAAAAUGUGAAAAAAGACUUUUUAAAAAGAUAAUGAAAAUGGGAUCUUAACAAACGGGGCCGUAAAAAAAGAAACAUUAAAAGGUUUUAACAGACAGACAACAUGAGGAGCAAUGCGGUGUUAGAGUGAUGUUAAAAAAGUGAUGUUUUUUAAACCAUGUGCGCGGUUGUCACUCGCGAUGCGGUUUUUCCUCGAAAUAGACAGGCGCACCCAACAGCCUUUGUCAAAACGGUGUCCCGCAGUGGCGUGCCCUUGCUCGUCCGCAGGCCUCAAGCUCCUCCGGCGCCUACUCUAGGAGGAUUCCAGGCCGACCCUGCCUCUCGGCCGCCUCCUCCUCCGGUCCCGAAGAGGGUAGAGGACUCGGGGGCGCGAGCGAGUCAAGGAGGAACCUUCGCAGUGUUGCCUCCGAUCAAGACCUCCGGCCAGAGGACGAGCGACGAUUUCUCGCUCACCGAACUCGAGGAUAUCUCCCUCAAGUGGCUGGCGAGGGUGUUGAAGGACGCCUCGGACAAGACGCUGCAGGCGCUCCUGAGGAACCUGCGAUCCCAGGACAGGGACCGCGACGGCAUCCUCACCACGGACUUCAUCAAGGGCACCCUCAGGAAGUUCCAGAUCUUUCUCAGCCCCGACGGACAGAAAAACAUCUGCAAGAAGUUCGGCGAGAAGGGAGAGCGGAGUCCUGUGGUUCGCUACGAGAAUAUGUUCGCCUACAUGACCAAGACCCGGCUGGAGGCGAUCAGGGCGCCGCCGCCCAAGCCCCAGCAGGAUAUUUAUGUUAUGCUCAACCACCUUUGCAUACCACACGCCAGCCUCAAGAAAGUGCGAUACAAGAACUUUUUUUCCCGCAUUGACGGAUCAGUUCAGGUGUUUUGCACGUUCGACAGGCCAGGUGGGUUGUCAGGCAACCUCUGUGAUUUUAAUGCCAUCGAUCACCUGUAA